AUGGCUAUUGCAAAGCAAAGCGUCUUGAGAUUUGGCUUCAAAUGUCUCUUCCUAGCAACUUUUAUGCUAGCCUGUGAUGGACAAGGUGGAAAGAGAGAGAAUGGUGGUCCUGCCUGUUACGGAGGAUUUGAUUUGUAUUUCAUUCUAGACAAAUCAGGAAGUGUCCUGCACCAUUGGAAUGAAAUCUAUCAUUUUGUGGAACAUUUGGCCCGCAAGUUCAUAAGCCCUCAGCUGAGGAUGUCCUUCAUCGUUUUUUCAACUAGAGGGACAAUUCUAAUGAGGUUAACAGAAGACAGGGAACAGAUACGCCAGGGUCUAGAAGAGCUGCAGAAAGUCCUUCCAGGAGGCGACACAUACAUGCAUGAAGGAUUUGAAAGGGCAAGUGAACAGAUUUACUAUGAAAAUGUUCACGGUUACAGAACCGCAAGUGUCAUUAUUGCACUGACAGAUGGAGAACUCCAUGAAGACUUAUUUUUCUACUCUGAGAGGGAGGCUAAUCGGUCGCGCGACCUGGGAGCCACAGUGUAUUGUGUUGGUGUGAAAGACUUCAACGAGACCCAGCUGGCUAGAAUUGCCGACAGCAAAGAUCAUGUCUUUCCAGUGAAUGAUGGUUUUGAAGCCCUUCAGGGGAUCAUAGACUCGAUUUUGAAGAAGUCCUGUAUAGAAAUCCUGGCGGCAGAGCCUUCCAGUAUAUGUGCAGGGGAGUCGUUCCAGGUUGUCGUGAGAGGAAAUGGGUUUCGACAUGCCCGUAACGUUGACCGAGUGCUCUGCAGCUUCAGGAUCAAUGACACAGUUACUCUCAACGAGAAGCCUUUUGUAGUGGAAGAUACCUACUUACUCUGCCCAGCACCUGUGCUACGAGAAGUUGGCAUGGAAGCAGCUCUCCAAGUCAGUAUGAACGAUGGGCUGAGCUUCAUCUCGAGCUCCGUCAUCAUCUCCAGCACACACUGU